UCUUCGCUCCGUGGACAACUAACUCGAUUGAAAAAUUUAAGUUUAGAUGUAAAAUCUAGGCAAUCUUCCGUAUCUCUGGUCGUGGCUUACCCCCCAUUUUUGAUUCGGCUUCACUUGCCGACUAUAGUUAAUAUGCAGCUUAUCUCAUCCUCACCUUUAUAUCUCAGUACUUAUCGCUCGCAACACUUCCAAACUCAUCUCUUCUCAACUCUGAAAUGCCAAUUCUUGUCUUUCAUCUUCCAUACCGAAGUCUCCAACCCUAAGUCUCAAAAUGGCCUCAACAAACGCAACUUUCCGCUACCUCUCCCGCGGCAGCAAAGUCGAGCCAUCACCACACUUGUACCACCUCCCACCCCUCUCAGACUUCGGCGAUAUCCGCUCCCUCCCAAUGACCGACAUCAAACCCUCCAUGGACCCCGGUACCAAAUCCCCCUUUACCCUCUCCAAGCACGGCUUCCUCGCCCUCCGCUCCCCCUCCACCAUGUUCUUCCCGCCUCACACCCACUCCUCCUGGAACGACGCCUCGAGCCUAAAAUCCAUCUACAUCCCGGAGAUAGAGACCAUGCUGCUGGCCCUCACUGGCGGCAGGAAGGUCUACACGGAUCAAGUCGUCAUCCGGAAUAAUCUGCACACAGAAGUCGACGGCCUAGCAAGGUCCCAAGAUACGAAAAAAGGAGAAGAAGAAGGAGAGGGAAAAGGGGAAAUCGAGCACGAAUUCCCAAAAUUGAUAGGUGUUAAUAAAGGCACGGGCGCAAGUCCAGCUCCAAAAGUCCACCUCGAUUUCGCGCCCCUCGGCGCGCGAACACAUUUAAGGAAAUACCAUCCUAAAACCACUGAAUUGGCUCAGGAGAUCAUCACAGCGGAAGAACGAUCUCUUUCCACGCACGGCUUCAAGCCGCACCAGUUAGAAGAACUCGGUAAAGAACCGUGUACCUACACCGGUCCCCGAUGGGCCAUGUUCUCCAUCUGGCGGCCCCUGAAAAAGGUUUUCCGCGACCCGUUAGCGGUCGGCGAUUGCUCGACCUUCCCUAAGGACGAUUAUGUGCAUUUCGACGUGCUGUUCCCGACGAUAGGACAGGGAGAGGGGGAGACGCACAGGGAACAGGCGUUUUUGGCGUAUGGGCCAAAAGGCGAGGGAAAAGGGGAGAGGCAUGAGUGGUAUUGGGUGAAGGAGCAGGAUGUGGAUGAGGUGCUUGUUAUUCAGCUUUUUGAUAGUGAGGCGAGGGAGAGUUGUGAGGUUAGAUGUUGUGUUAUUUGGUAGGUUUGGGGAGAGGUUUGGGUACUUGAAGAGGUGGAAACUGUGUGUUUAACAUUUCAUUAUAGGAGUCUGCUUA